AUAGUGUUUCAUUUUCCUGCGUAUUUAAAUAAGUACAUUGGUGCGUCCUGUGUCUGACAACUUUGACUGGUGUAGCAACUCUGGUUGUAUGUGUCAGGAGGUUGAGCAUGCGUCGGCUGCAGGAGUGUCCAUUCAUUAUGAACAUAUCCAGUGGCAUGCCAAUAAGGACACGUUGCACUUGCCGCGGCACUCGCUGGCAAAUACUUUGGCAAUACAUCGCAUCACAUCUUCAACGCACUCCGCGCCUUUGAUCGGAUCAAAACCCUGCUGCGCUGCACGGCCUCGCACGACGAUGUUCUUCCCAUCGACACGCCGCCACCUUCUGCUUCCACCGUGCCAUCAGCAGCAUGGCAUGGUCAACCUGUGGACGCCUUCCGUGCCUCCUUCCCUCCGCUGGUCGCACCUGUGCUCUGCACUACCAGCAGGGGCUCUGUGGAGGUUAUUGACUGCAAGAGUCGACCGCCUCAUCUUUGAGAACGAACUUCUUUGAAAACUGUUGAUCUCAGUGUGUUCUGAACUCUGUA